AUGAAAAAAAAAAACAAGAACGAAGAAGUAAGAAAAAAGGUUGAGAAUGCAAUAUUCAUAAGUAAGAGCUACAGAACAUGUGAUUAUAGAAAGGGGUGUGAGAAAGAUAAUAAUGAUAAUGAUAAAAUAAAUAAAAAGAAUUCUUGUUUAUUUAUUAGAAAAGAAAUAUUUGAUCAUGCCAUAAUAUAUACUACCAACAAAAUGGAUGAAAAUAACUUAUUAAUAUAUUUAAAACAUUUUUAUCAGUAUUUUAAAAAAGAAAAUACAAAUAAAAAUAUAAAUAAGAAUAGAAAAUAUUUAAAUGACGAAAUAUAUAUAACAUUAAAUGAUUGGAUUAGAUAUAAUGAAUUAAUUAUUAGUCAAGAAAAUAAUAUACAUGGUAAUAUAUUUACAAUAAAUAUUUGUAAAUCCUUAUGGAUAUUAUUAAGUAUCACUGUUCAAAGUGUGAGGAAAAAAAAUAAUAGUAAAAAUCAAAAAACUAUAUUUAAUACACCAUUUGAAGAUUUACAUAUACAUAAAUAUAAUCAUAAUGAUAAAAAAAAAAAAAAUGAAAGUGAUGAUGAAGUGGAAAAGACGGACAGGUAUGUUAUGGGCAAGAAAAAUAAAAAGGAAUAUAUGAAAGAAAAAAAAGAUAAUUUUCAAAAUGAUUAUCAUAAAUUGUAUGUAAGUAAUAAUUUGUUAAAUAAUAAUCAAAUUAAUCAUGAUAACAUAAAAGUGAGUGAUAACAUAAAAAAUAGUCAUUGUGGUCAAUUCCAAAUUUGGAAUGAAGACUGGUUGAAUGAAGAGAUUUGUAUUGAACUGGUUAUAUUUUUUAUAAUAUUACAAUUUUUAAAAAAUGAUAAUACAAAAAAGAUGUAUGAUAAAAAUUUGAGUGAAGAUUGUUGGCCUAAUAUAAGAGACAGUAAAUCUAGUGUCUUACAUGUUAACAAUAUUGAUAAUAUAAAUAAAAUGGAAAAUAAAAACAAUGUAGAUAAUAUGAAUCAAUUGAAUAAUCUUAAUCAUGUGAGUAAUCUCCAUUGUGGUCAUAAAAACAAUUCCAGUUGCUCCUUUAUCAAUAAAUCUAACUUGUGUGAUUUUUUUCAAUUCAAUGGUAAUAACUACAAAGAUUUUUUAAGAAGAUAUUUAAUUUGUUUUUUUUGCUGUACUGAUAUUAAUAAUUCUAUAAGUUUAAUGAACAUGCCUUUAUAUUUCAAACGUUAUCAUUUUUUACUUUUAGAUUUUAUUCUAGAGACAAAUAACCAAAAGAAUGUUCAUGAAAUGUAUUUAUUACAUAAUGAUCAUAAAAUAUUAUAUAAAAGUAACAAUAUUUUAGAUUGGCUACUUGAUAAUAUAUGUUGUUAUGAUUUAAUUGAUUCCAUAAAUAAUAAUGAAAAAUUACAAGAUAUAGAAUCGUCAUCCAUAUGUUAUGUAGAAGCAGAAGAUAAGGAGAGACGGAAAAGGGUUAGUAUUUAUAGUGUUGAAGAAAUAAAUAAAGAUAUAUAUGAAAUAAAAGAUAUAUAUGGUAAAAAUAUUUAUAUUAAUGAUGAUAAAAAUAUUGUAAAUAUAAUUAAUUGUAAAGAAUGUAAUAUAUUUUUUUUUUGUACUAUAGAAUAUUUAAAAAUAAAUUUUUGUGAUGAUUGUUAUAUUAUUUGUUUAUCUGUAGAAAUGAUAACAACAUUAUUUAAUUGUAUUAAUAUAGAUAUACAUUUGGUAACUAGAAAUUUAAAAGUAGAAAAUGUUAUAGAUACAAAUAUAUUUGUAUAUACUGAAACAAAUAUUAUAAUAUUUGGUGAUACAAGAAAUAUACAGCUAGCUCCUUAUAAUAUAUUAAAUACAAAACAAAAAGAAUGUUUAAACAAAUCUAAAAUUUCAUUUACAGAGAAGAACUGUGAUUUGUUUGCAUUUCCUUUGAAAUGUAAAUUGAAUUUAUUGAAUAUUUCAUUUAAUAAUUUAAUAAAUACAAUGAAAGCUCCAAAUUAUUUUUCUAUAUUACAAAUUAAUAAUGACAAAAAUAAAGUGACCAUAAACAAAGAGAAUAAUACACAUCAAAAUGAUAAUAUGAAUAAUAAUAAUAAUAAUAAUAAUAUUUUGAAGGAAAAAGAAAAAGGUAGUAAUACACAAGAUCAUAAUAACCCUAAUAAAUGUGUAUCUUUUAAUGGUAUCAAUAAUAUAUCUCAUACAUUAAGAGAUCAUAAAAAAAACGAAUCAUUCCAUUUGACUAAUAAGUGUAUUGAAAAUACAAAUAAUUUAUCAUGCUCUUAUACAGAUUAUGUGUAUUAUCUUUUAAAUCCUUCUAAUUUUUUUUUAAUUGAAUUUUCUAACAAUUUUUCAUAUAAUACAAAGAAGGAUGUAAAAGAAGAUGAAGAAUAUAACGUGGAUAAUAUAUAUAAUAAAUUGAAUAUAUCAAUAAAUAAUGUAAAUAAUAUACAAGAUAAUAUUAAUAAAUAUAUAUCUAAAGAGGAAAAGAGUAUAUAUGGAUGUAGUUUUCAGAAUAUAUGUUUACAACCACAUAUGAGUAAUUAUAUAAAUAAUACUACACAAGAUAAUUUAAAAAAUAAUUUAGAUGAUAAAUAUGUUUGUCUAUAUUUACCUGAGGUAUAUAAAAAUGCUAUAGAAACACAAGAUGAGCAUAUUAUAAAUUUUUUAAAUUUUAUGAACAGUAUAAAUCUUACAAAAAUACAAAAACAAAAAAUUAUGAAAAUAUUAAUGUUUAAGUUGUAUGAAUAUAUUAAAAGAUCGAAGAAGACAUAUAGGAUGUUAAAUAAUUUAGUGCAGCGGGAGCAAGAAGGGACUAUAUUAUGA